AUGUCUCUCGCUGGCGUGAGAGGCACCUCGCGUGUCCUGCGUAACAUCGCAAGGCCAGCUGCUGUAUUCGCGACAUGUACUCGUGCCGCAUCUUCCAUAGCUCUGGAGGACCAGCAGCAGGCCCUCUCAGCCCAUCUGAGCAAAGCUGACCCCGCUGUCUUCGACAUCAUUGAGAAGGAGAAAGACCGCCAGAAGCAUUUCAUCAAUCUGAUUCCCUCCGAGAACUUUACCUCCCAGGCUGUACUCGAUGCUCUUGGUAGCGUGAUGCAGAGUGAGCUUCAGGAGCCAAGGAUCGAACGACGACAGACCUUGAGACUGACGUAUGCUGUAGAUAAAUACUCGGAGGGAUACCCAGGGGCCCGUUACUACGGUGGGAAUGAAUUCAUCGACCAGGCCGAAAGGCUUUGUCAACAGCGUGCCCUUGAAUCGUUCGGACUUGACCCAAAGUUAUGGGGUGUCAAUGUUCAAGCUCUCUCUGGCGCUCCAGCGAACCUCUAUGUCUACUCUGCCUUGCUAAACACCCAUGAUCGGUUAAUGGGUCUCGAUCUACCACAUGGCGGCCAUCUAUCUCAUGGUUACCAAACACCCACAAAGAAGAUUUCAGCGAUAUCAAAGUACUUCGAAACUUUGCCGUACCGACUGGACGAGACUACAGGAUAUAUCGACUACAACAAGUUGGAGGAGAUGGCAAGCAUAUAUAGGCCAAAGAUUAUUGUUGCUGGUGCGAGUGCUUAUAGCCGGCUAAUCGACUAUCAGCGCAUGCGGGAGGUCUGCGACAAGAUCAGCGCCUACCUACUAGCCGACAUCGCGCAUAUUUCUGGCCUUGUUGCAGCAAAGGUCAUUCCUGGUCCCUUCGCCUACGCCGAUAUCGUAACCACAACAAGCCACAAGAGCCUAAGGGGUCCCCGAGGUGCUCUGAUCUUUUAUAGGAAAGGCGUACGGAGACAAAAUCCCAAGACGAAGGAAGAUAUUCUUUAUGAUCUCGAAGGUCCUAUCAACAGCUCCGUGUUUCCCGGUCACCAAGGAGGUCCGCAUAACCACACCAUCACCGCUCUUGCUGUAGCUCUUAAGCAAGCCCAGACUCCAGAAUUUCAAGCAUAUCAGUCCCAGGUUCUGAAAAACGCCAGGGCUUUCGCAAAGCGGCUGAGCGAGCCCAAGGGCAAAGGCGGCUUGGGAUACAAGCUUGUCAGCGGAGGCACAGACAACCACCUGGUCCUGGCUGAUCUCAAACCCCAGGGCAUUGAUGGUGGUCGAGUUGAGCGCGUCUUGGAGUUGGUAGGUGUGGCAGCCAACAAAAACACGGUCCCAGGGGAUCGUUCUGCUUUGGUCCCUGGUGGCCUUCGCAUGGGUACUCCUGCCAUGACUACCCGUGGCUUUAACGAGGAUGAUUUCGUUCGUGUUGCUGACGUUGUGGAUCGUGCCGUCACCAUCACUUCUCGCAUCGACAAAGCUGCUAGAAAAGCAGCAGAGGAGAAAGGUGAAAAGAGCCCUGGCAAGAUAAAGGUUUUCCUAGAUCACCUCGGUGAUGGUGAGACGGAAUCCGAAAUUGUCCAACUACGAAGUGAGGUUGAGGAUUGGGUUGGCACAUAUCCUCUUCCAUGGAGCAGCUCGGAAUAA